AUGUUGGUUGAUUACCUUACCAAACACGGUAGCCCCUGGGAAGCCAUUUUUGCACAGAGAGCGGUUUUGAAUUAUGCUAUCACCUGUCAUCCCACAAUACCGGAUGAUCCCAACAGUCCGCACACUUGUCAGUGUCGGCCUGGCUACGCUGGCGAGGUCUGCGACAGGUGUGACACUGGCUACUACGGUGAUCCACUGCUGAUGGUGCCCUGCAAGCCCUGUGGUUGCAAUCCCUCCGGCUCAAGAAGCCAACGCUGCAACAUGAAGACUGGCCAGUGCUCCUGUCUGCCCGGAAUCAUGGGAAGAAAGUGCGAUGAAUGUCGACCGGGACACGUGGUUGACGGAGGACGCUGUAUCGGUGAGUCUGCUUCUUUUUUGUUUUAUUGCGCCCUCGCUGACUCACCCUUUGUCCACCGAAGUACAUGA